UCAUCUUUCCAACUAUUCUUUAACAUGAAGAAGCAGCCAUACAUUGUUAUUCAUUUAAUUAAUUUGUUCUUCUGCAUUCCAGAUCUCCUUUACUCAUUUCUCAUCAGCUUCAAAAACCUGCACGUCCUCGUUGCGUUUUUUAUCGGGAUUCUCCUUUCAGCAACCAUCUGCUGUUUGGCCCUAAAAUGCUGCAGAAACCAACAGAAGACCUCUGGUGGAAUGACUCUGGAGAUGGUGACCACUCAAGCGGUUCCACUGAUGGAUCCUCAUCAAGCAGCGGAAAGCGACGGGACCCGCGGCCCAGAAGGUGACGUGCAGCCCAGAGAGGUGGAGUACUCGGACAUCGACUUUUCCUUGGUGAAAACAAAGCGUGCCGGAGGGGCCGAGGAUACGCGGGAGACCCCAGAUACAGAGUACGCCGAGAUCAACAACAAGGGAACGGAGGAGAGGCAAAGUGAUGGUGCUGAGGACAGUGAAGUGAUGGAGGCCCGGGAAGAGGAGGAGGAGGAGGAGGCCAUAGGGGAAGAUAAGGAGACAGAAGUGUGUGUGCUGAAGGAGGAGGGUGGAGGUGAGGAUGUUGCAGUUUACUCUAAUGUCCAUAAAAUAAUGGGGGAGAGUCAGGGGCCGUGAAGCUCAGGGACUUCUUUUCUUAAUAAACAGGGUGAGCUUCAGCAACGGGGUCGAUAUAGUGCAGAAAUGCAUGUUUUAGAUGUGAUGCUGAGUGUUUGUGUGUGAGGUGGAUUUCCUUUUACAGAAAGUGCAAAUGACACAUAAACAGUAAAACAUCACAUUGUAUGUAAUAAGUGUUUUUUAGUCAAAUAAGCAGGAAGGACAGACAGGCAGCAGCAGCAGGGGAAAUGCAGCUCAUCUUGUUCCAAAGUGCCCUUUGUUAUGAAGUGAAGUGACUGAGUGAGCAGGGUAAGGCACCGGAGCCCAAAUACAUCUCUCAUUUACACCAUAAAAGCUUGUUUGAAUGCCCUCUAUUGAUAUGAAAUAUUCAAACUUAGAUGCCUAAAUGUACAUUGCACAGAAAUAAAAGCUCCUUCCAGCAAUGAAAA